AUGUAUCAUUUCAGAUUUCAACAGUCUUUUCCGGAUGCCUACCACCGUGUCGCUGCUCCACAAUUCGAGCAUCAAGUGCCAUUAUCGGAACCGAUUCAAAUCACUGCCAAUUAUCCUCCAAUGCAUUUCAAUCAUCACCAAUCUCAGCAAAAAAUCGACUUCACAUCGUCAACAGCACUUUCAAUGGGAGCCGGUCAGCCUUCAGCACCUCCUCAGACGAUUCUUCCCACAGCUCCACUGCCUCGUCCAUCUACCGUAUCUCCCUGUGAGCAAACGUCACUUAGCAGCCCAACAUUGACAUCAAAUAGCGGCUCGGCUGCUUCCGAGACUCCACCCAUUUCCGGAGAGGCGAUCUCAACUGACUUGGAGGGUCCUGAUAAUGAGCGAGUGAUGUGCAUGGCAUGUAGAGGUGUCUACCCGUCAAGGCGAAGCCUAACUGGUCAUAUUGGACGGAACGAGAAAUGCCGUGAAAUCAUCGGACGAAAUUACCUGGACCAGGUAGCGAUGGGAGCAAAUCCAAUAGCGCCGGGUACGGAGAACGCCAUCAAAGCUGGCGCGCUCACCAACGGCCACGACGGUCUCAGCCCAAUAUGCCCUCACUGUGAUCGCUUUAUCAGUCAUUACAAGGGAAUUUUGAAGGGUAACAUCCGGCGACAUAUAAACCAAUGCGGCAAGAACGAGAGCCCUCAGAAGAGACCGCGAGCGGAUAAGGAUAGACGGCGAGACGCGAAACGACGUCGUCAUGAUGAGUCCAUGCUACCCCAUGUGCUGCACGAAGGAUUUGAUCCUGCAACUACGGUGCAAAACACCGGUCUUCUCGGAUCUCCAGUGAUGUCGCCAUCACUUGGCUCCUACCUCCAUGAACAGGACAUGCAGCAAGACGGCACGGCUUACAUGAGCGGCCACCCGAUGGAGCAGGUUUGUUCGAUUUGA